AUGAAUGUUGGAGAUCUACUAACUAUAAGGUGCCAAGAUGGAGAGGAAAGAAAGAAAAUCGAUUUCACCCUGAGAGACAUAAAUGAUCAACGAAUUGCCUGUUGUCUAUGGGGUAAGUUUGCUGAGAUGAUGGAAACCUAUAGUGAAAAAGCACACAAAGGAGUUGUUGUUUGUUUGCUCAGGUUUGCAAAGCUGGGAUCAUUUAAAGGAGUUCUUCAAGUCUCCAAUGCAUAUGAUAUGUCUCAAAUGUUGAUCAAUCCUGAAAUUAAGGAGUCCUCUGACUUAAUAGAAGCUUUCAAAUAUGAAGAAUCAUCCAUGUCUAUUAUUGCAACCAAAGAAGAUGAUAAUCAGGUAGCUAAAAAGGAUAAAACAAUUGUUUAUCAAAGUCAGAGCUGGAAUGAGUUUGAAGAUAAAACCAUUGCUGAAGUGUUGAAGACUACUCAGAUUGGGAAAUGUAAAGUAGUGUGUACAAUUGAUGCUAUAGACAUCGAUUAUGGUUGGUUUUAUUUUGGUUGUAAUCUCAACCAUAAAACCUUUGAAGUGGCAAACAAUGGCGACACAAAAACACCAGCUUUUUGGUGUGAGAAGUGCGACAAGUUCGUGACUAAUGUCGAGGCUAAGUUUAAGCUUCAUUUGAUCCUUAAGGAUGAUACUGGCACAACCAAGUUCAUGCUGCUUGAUACCAUUGCAAAUAUGAUUGUAAUGGAAAAGGCAUCGAAAAUUGUGAAUGCUUCUAUGGAAGAGAUUGAUGAUCCAGAGUUGUUGCCUCAGCCAGUUAAGGACAUUGUUGGAAAGACAUUCAAAUUUGGUGUUUCUAUUGAAAAAGAAAACGUUUCUUAUGGAGGCGAUACCUACAAGGUCUUAAAGGUUUGGUCAAUGAAUAAUUUGUUAAUGGCAAGUUCUCAAUCAGAAAACUUUUCUGCUUUGGAGACUACUUUCACAAGUGGUGGAGUGGGAUCUUACUUGGAUGAUGCUGAAGCGAGCUCGGGAGUAUUGAAAACACCUACAUCAAAGCGGACUCAAGAUGAUCUAGCUGAUCUUCCUGACCUCACAUCUGCAUCAAAGAAGAUUUGUUCAAAAGCAAUUAAGAUAGAGAAGAUUUCGGAAGAGGAGAUGAAGAGCAGGAAGAAAAACUGA